AUGCGCGGUGCGUUUGGCCAGGCGCUGCCUUUGCCUCAGGCCCCGCCACCUGCCCCCGGCUUCCCUCCGGGACGAGUAACCAACCCUCUGUGUGGCUCCGGCGUUACUGCCUCGCUGAGCGCGGAGGAGAGGGAGAAGGUGCGGGCGGCCGCCCGGCAUGGGGGCGAGGUGGAGGGGGCGGAGGAGCUGCUGCGGGCCGUGGAGCGGGGCCCCCGCGGGUGCGGCUGGUUCCACGAGUUCCUGCAGGCGCUGCAGCACGGCGGCUGCACCCUGGCCGCCUGCUACGUGAACCCCAGCCUCAGCCAGCUGCCCUCGCCGGCCGAGGAGGCCGACCACGACCUCUGCGUGCACUUGGUGCAGCUGCUCCACAGCACACUGGUGGAUAGAAUGCAGACCAUGCAGGUGGCCGAGAAGUGCCUAGAGAUGGGCAUCUUCCAGGACGAGGACAUGGAUCAGAUCCACACUGUUACUGACAAUCGUGGGAACAGAGAGGGUGCAAGGGAGCUAUUGAGCAGAAUAGUGCAGAAGAAAGAUUGGUUCUCUCCUUUUUUGAUUGCUUUGCGUGAAACCCAACAUGGAGGCCUUGCAGAUGAUUUAUGUGGAAAUACAGGAGGAACAGAGAAUAGACAAAAUGAGGUGAAGAACUGUACAAACGAAGAAACAGAAGUUGCAAGCCAACCAGGAUAUGCUGUAGUAGAGGAGUUGAAACAGCAUGAAAAUGUGAAUGAUAGUUUCAUCAGUGAAAACAAUGUAUUGGAAACAUCUGUUGGAAAGAGUUCUGUAGUUUCAGAGUCAGAUGUCUCCAUAGGAGAUGGAAGUGUCAGUAACUUGGAUGAAAACCUGGGACAGAGCUGCACAACCAGUGAUACAGAUGAAGAUGAAGUGGAGAGCAGAGCUUCACCUGAGCCAGAUCUGAUCCUGAGAGAUUACCAGAUGGAAGUUGCAAAGCCAGCACUGAAUGGGGAGAAUAUUAUCAUAUGUCUCCCUACAGGCAGUGGUAAAACCAGAGUGGCUGUUUACAUUACCAAAGAUCACUUGGAUAAGAAGAAAAUUGCAUCAGAGCCUGGCAAAGUUAUAGUACUUGUUAAUAAGGUACCACUGGUAGAACAACAUUUACGAAAGGAGUUUAAUCCAUUCCUGAAGCGUUGGUAUCAGGUUAUUGGUUUAAGUGGUGAUUCUCAGCUGAAAAUCUCAUUUCCUGAAGUUCUCAGAAGAAAUGAUGUCAUCAUCAGUACAGCACAGAUCCUUGAGAAUUCACUGUUAAAUGCAGCCAAAGAAGACGAAGAAGGUGUCCACCUAUCAGAUUUUUCACUUAUCAUUAUUGAUGAGUGUCAUCACACUCAAAAGGAAGGUGUCUACAACAAUAUAAUGCGACGAUACUUAAAAGAAAAGAUGAAGAACAGGAAGCUGGCAAAAGAAAACAAACCACUGAUCCCGCAGCCUCAGAUUCUGGGACUUACAGCCUCACCUGGUGUAGGAGGUGCAACAUCCUACUCAAAAGCUGAAGAACAUAUUCUGAAAAUCUGUGCCAAUCUGGAUGCAUGUAGAAUCAUGACUGUUGAAGAGCAUGCAUCCCAGCUGAAGAAUCAGGUGAAGGAACCAUAUAAGAAGACUGUGAUUGCAGAUGAUGAGAGAAGGGAUCCAUUUAGAGAGAGAAUUACUGAGAUCAUGACAAGCAUUCAAAACUAUUGCCAGCUCCAUCCAAAAUCUGAGUUUGGAACUCAGCCAUAUGAACAGUGGGUGAUCAGAGAAGAGAGGAAAGCUGCAAAAGAAGAAAAACGCAAGGAACGUGUCUGUGCAGAGCACUUGAAGAAAUACAAUGAUGCUCUCCAGAUAAAUGACACCAUCCGAAUGGUGGAUGCAUACAAUCACCUAAAUAACUUUUAUAAGGAGGAGAAAAGUAAGAAGAUGGUAAGGAGUGAUGAUGAUGAUGAUGAUGAACCAGCAGUAUCAAAACAUGAUGAAACAGAUGAAUUUCUAAUAGGUUUAUUUCAUGCAAAAAAGAAACAGCUGAAAGAGUUGGCUAGAAAACCAGAAUAUGAAAAUGAGAAGUUAAUACAGUUGCGAAACACUUUAAUGGAGGAGUUCACGAAGACUGAAGAACCUAGAGGAAUUAUUUUCACAAAGACUCGGCUAAGUGCUUUUGCUCUAUUCCAGUGGAUUAAGGAUAACCCCAAAUUUGAAGAAGUGGGAAUUAAGGCCCAUUAUCUUAUUGGUGCUGGACAUAAGAGUGAAAUUAAACCCAUGACUCAGAAUGAGCAAAGGGAAGUUAUUGAUAAAUUCCGAGGUGGAAAUGUAAAUUUACUUAUUGCUACUACUGUAGCUGAGGAAGGCCUAGACAUCAAAGAGUGUAACAUUGUUAUUCGCUAUGGCCUUGUCACCAAUGAAAUUGCUAUGGUGCAGGCUCGUGGUCGAGCUCGAGCUGAUGAGAGCACCUAUGCACUUGUGGCUUCAAGUGGCUCAGGAGCUGUUGAACGUGAAGAUGUUAAUAUUUUCCGUGAGAAAAUGAUGUAUAAGGCCAUUCAGCGUGUCCAGAAGAUGCCUCAGGAAGAGUAUUUAAAUAAGAUUCACAAUUUCCAGUUGCAAAGUAUAGUAGAAAAAAAAAUGAAGGCAAAGAGAGAUCAGUGCAAGACAUACAAGAAAAAUCCUUCACUAAUAACAUUCUUAUGCAAAAAUUGCCACAAGCUGGUAUGUUCUGGAGAAGACAUACAAGUUAUUGAAAAGAUGCAUCAUAUCAGUGUGAAAAAAGACUUCAAAAGUCUUUACCAUACAAGAGAAAAUAAGACACUGCAAGAUAAACAUGCCGAUUACCAGACCAAUGGAGAAAUUAUAUGUAAAGAUUGUGGACAAGCUUGGGGAAAUAUGAUGGUUCACCGAGGUCUUGACCUGCCUUGUCUAAAGAUUAGAAAUUUUGUGGUUGUGUUUGAAGACAAGAAAACAACAAAGCAAAUUUUUAAGAAAUGGGGAGAACUGCCCAUCAUGUUCCCUAGUUUUGAUUAUGCAGCUCAUUAUCCUUCAAGUGAUGAAGAUUAAGGACUUAGAAUGAAAAUAAAAUCCCUUUUCAGCUUUUCUCUGACUGCUGAUUUAGAAGCUGCUGUGUCCCAUAGAGAGUGCUGCAUCAUAAACACUGUGAAAGCUCCUGGGCAGAAGGAAACUGUCUUGAAGAGGAAAUGGACCCAAGGAAGGAGAAAGAUACAGUCACACGGCUGCAGUCUGCACACAGAUUUGCAGUGGUACUCUAGCACAAAGAAAAUUACUAAAUACAUUGCAGUCAUGUGUAUCCAUGGAACAGAUUCCCAGCUCUGCUCACUACAGUCCAUCAUAGGGUGACAACAUUGUCAAAAGUGUGUUACGUGACCUGUGGUCAAGCACAGGAUAUAGGACAGACAUCUUGAAACAUGCCAUGAUGACGAUUUUCUGGUUUACUUCCUGCUAUAACCCUUUUGAUGAUACAGUGUCUCAACAGAGAAGCCAUGUAAAGAGAACAGAUCAGCUGAGUAUUAUUUCUGAAUCAUUGUUGCUUUGUCAGUGUUUUCCUGACUGAGUUCUUCCCCUCUUAUCUUUAGCUGUAAGCUCAUACAUUUUCACAGACUAAAAUUAAGUUUCCAUUAAAAGCCAUUUCAAAAAAUAAAGCCCUUAACCUGACUCGAAAUUGAUUAUUUUAAUGUCCAAGAAGCACAAUGCUAAGUGACUUCCUGUGUGUUAGUUUCAUAGGAUUGUUAAACUGGCUAUAUAAUGAAGUAUGUAUAUUUUUAAUAAAUUAUUACAACAAUUAACCUUUGAAAACUGUGAUAUUUUUAUUGUCUUUCACUAUAAGUGGUGUGACAAUAAUAAUAAUACCACACUUUUACCCUAGAAAUUUAAAGGAUAGUGGUAUUCUGAUUGAAAAAAUAGCAUAAUGUGUCCCCAUAUUUAUCUCAUUGACAGAUUUUUUUUUUCCCCUCUAUUUGCAAGUAAGAUAUUAGAGAGUGGAAAGAAGGUCUGUUUGUUGUUACAACAGUCAGCUUUGCAAAUUUAGGAUAAAGUAUUGUGUUUACUGGCAUGGACAUGUAAACAUUUCAGUAGCCCCAGGUAAAAUUUCUAAGUUACAACAUAGCUGAAAAGUAUAUCCCAGCAAAAAAAAAGAAUCUUGUUAUGUCUAGAUCUGUAAUUGCUCUACAUUUUUAAAAGAAAUAUAAAUACUGUGCACAUUCUUGUAAAUCACAUUUGAUUUAAGGUUUGCAUCAAGACAAGAUUUUUUUUUUUUUUUCCCCACAUUUCUGGCCUUUCUUCAGAGGGAGGGGAAAACAAAUUUCUGACUGACAAGAGCAGCACGUUUCAGAUAUCACCAAACUGAUACAGGCAAUUUUGGGAUUAGCUACUUACUUAUAAACAAAUUAAAGUAUUAUGAAAUAAAUAUGCACACUGAUGAGUUUUCACUAGAGCAGUUUUGUAGAUUAGAAUGUGCUUAAACUACAUGAAUUGUAGUUUAUUUAUAGAUUGAAAUUAUUCCACAAUGGUGAUUUAUAACAAUAAACUACCACCUUAGGACUCUAAAAAAAAAUCAGGCAUAUUGAGAGUUAAGAGAUUAUAAUAUAUGCAAAGAUGUUUCAAGACACAGCAAUUCCACAUGUAUUUUUGAAUAAUACAACUAAAAUAGGAAAGACUACUGGGAGAUAGAGCGUGUAAAUGGCUUGUACUGUAUGUGUUUUCUAUUUGUGUAUAUCUUUAUAUAAUGCUAUUCUUACCUCUGUGUAUUGUGCAGGGCAGAACAAAUGUGAAACCUUCACCAAUUACUUUAUUCAGCAUUAAAUACUUAAUUAGCUGAAAAAAUUAAACAAUUCCCUUCAUCUGUAGUUCUCAGAAACUCUAAGUUACUCUCUUUCUUGUAGUAUUUUACUUAAUACGGAAGCUUUUGGCUACUUCUGGAAUCUGCUGAUUUUGCAUUAAGUGCAGGAUAAAUUUUACACUUGUUACACAUUGAUCUGAGAAUCUGACUAUUUAAAAAUGUUGGAGAUUGAUCAUACGAUUGCAAUUUAAGAUGUAUUUUGUUCAUGUGCUCAGUAUCUGAUAAGAUGCUCUGAAAUAUACUAAAUUAUUUGAAUAGUCUUUCUGGGUAAAUAAUUAUCAUCCAGAACAUCUCUGGAUUUCUGUAUUAAUGAGUUGCUACAAUUAUGUAAAUAUAACAUAAUACACUGUACACAGCAUUUUCAAGUGCAUUUAUUCAGUACUUUAAAGAAGUAUAAAACCCUGGUAGAAAAAUUAUAUCAUUAUACAGAUUACUGCUGGGUCCUCAAUCAAAUAAUUUUCCAUGCUGAGUAAAUUUUCUGAAAUUCGAGUUUUUGAUACUUCCCUUUAUUGAAGCAACAAGAGUCUGUGCAGCUGGAUUUCUUUGUUCUCUUAUAGUUGAGUUCAACAGGGCCGUAUCACAAACACGUGUGAGCUUCUUGUGGUUCACUUGUGUGCUGCUGUUAUCCUCCCAGUUCCUAGCGUGACUCAGCCACAGUCACCAAAGCUUAAAGAGUGUUUGCACAAUCUCACUUCAGCAUAAUGUGUAAUGAACCUCAAAUAAAUCCUGCUGGUGUGUAGGAUAAGGAAUUUCCACUUCAAGCUAUUGUCUCUGAAUGGGGUUGUAAAACGUGCCUAUAUUGUUCAUCCAGGAAGUGUGAAGUUGUAAAAAACAAGCUAAAUUGCCAUAUUUUAUCUGCUAGUUACUUCUGCAUUUAUUGCCUUUAUGGACCCAAAGCCCUCCAGGGAGUGUGACAAAUCCUGAUUAUAUUUUGUACUUACAGCUUUUAUUUGUUCACAAAUGUGGAAAGAAGAAAAAACUAUUAGUCACUGGGGAUUUGUCUAGCUAUGUGUGUGCCUACUUAAGACCUGGUUCAGCUUUAGUUGCAUUUUCAUUAUUCUAUCUAUUUUUGGUCUGAUGUCAUGCACAACCUACUCUGUAAGUCUACAUUUCCUCAUCUGGGAAGCAUAAAUACUUUAGUAACCGUGGAGUAGUUGCAUAACUGGUUGGAUAGUUGCUGAAUAAACUGAGUAUGUUUUCUUUUCCAUAAUUUGUCCAUUUCUCCAACAGAUUCACCCUCUUUCUAGCUUGCUUACAUUUUUAGUUCUAUCUUCAUUAUGGGGUUCUGAUGUUACAGAAGUUAGGAAGAGCUUUGGCUGUUGAAAGAAUUACUGGUUUGCUUCUCCACUGGUACUAGUACAAACAGUCCAGAGAGGGGAGUUCAGGUGUUAGGAGCAAUAGAUCUACAAAGCUUGUAAAGAUCGUUCUCUACCAGGUAGAUUUUAUUUUGCUUCUAAUGCUGCAACCUUUGUGAAUCUUACGACAGUACAUGUCUAAAUAAUUAGACUUCCAAAAUAGAAAAAUAUAUAGCAUGCAGCAUAUAGUCUUUUUGCAGUCUUUUAUAUCAUGUGAGUUUGAAUAAUUUCCUUUGAGGCAUUCUUUAAAUAUGUAUUCAUUACAGGAAGCUGCAUAU